UUCCUCGCACAUUCAUGUUCCUCUUCCUCAUGCAAUACAGCUUACACUCCUCCUCUCAUCGCCGUCACCCUUCUUCUUCCGUUCCAGCGCCGCUCGCAACCGCCGCCCUUGUGUCUCUGUUUCUUUAUCUUUCCGUCCAAACGCCGUUGCCGUUUGCCGUCAUUUUCAGAUUCAGGACAAAAACAUCGUCAUGAGAAAUUAGGAACGUUAGUGGAUUGUUAGUAACAGAGUGAAGAAGAGGAAGUAGGAACGUUAGUAUUCAUAUAUAUAUAAGCGGAACCAAACUAAAUCAAAUCGAGCUGCAAAACUUAGGGUAUUAAGUCAGCGCAAAGAUGUUGUAUUGCUGAUUAGUUGAAGUUCAACUGCAUUGCCUCACACAAAUUUAUAUCGAUGGAGGAUUCUCAUUCCUCUCUGUUCAACCUAGGGAUUUUAGACACAGUCACCGAAGAUCAACUUCACGAAAUCCUUGACAGCUACAACGCCUUCUGCAACGCCACACAAUCUCUUCUUCUCGGUAGUGCCGGCGACAUCUCAUUCGGCGCUGAAUUUGUUUCUCACGUUCACACCCUCUGCAAACACGGCCUGGAAUCACUCGUUCCUGACCACUUUCUCAAAGUCUUAGAGGAAACGUUUCAGCGAAACGGGGCAUCGAGAUUUUGGCGGCAUUUCGAUCCUUACGCUGGUUUUGUUGGUUUGGACGAGAAUGAUGAUAUCAAUAUUGAUGAAGAUGAGAUUGAGAGUGUGUUGUGUAAUGCUUUGGAACAAAUUUCUUUGGAGAAACAGUCUCAUGAGAAGUGUCUUUUAAUUUUGGUCCAGGCUUUGCAAUCUUUCAAGGAUCAAAUGUUAGAGGCAGAAACAAAUUAUCUCAUCUCUAAGUAUCAAUGGAUUGUCUCUUCAGUGCUUAUGACUACACUUCCUCCGGUUUUCCCUGCUAUAUUGCGUUGGUAUUUUAAAAGAAGGUUGGAGGAGUUACAUACAAGUACAACCAUGGAUGGUGAGUUCGCUGACGAUAUACCUCUAAGUAAGGAUGCCAUGGAUUUAGAUGAAAAAGUAAAAAUAUGCAACAAUGAUGGUGAGAUGAAUGUCGAUGUGUGCUACAGCGACCUUCGUUUCUCAGAAAACAGUAAAAUGGUGAACAACAUUGGAAAAGUUGUUCUUGAUCUCAAAAGUCUCGGAUUUACUUCUAUGGCUGAAGAUGCUUAUGCUUCUGCUAUAUUCUUACUACUAAAGGCAAAAGUAUAUGAUGUAGCCGGAGAUGAUUUUAGGAGUUCUGUCUUACAAUCUAUUCAAAGCUGGAUACAGGCCGUUCCUCUCCAGUUUGUCCAUGCCCUUCUUGUCUAUCUUGGCAACUUUGUUAGUUACGAAAUUACUUCAUCAGGUCUCAAAUCACCCUUAGCGCCGAAACCAUCAUCAUGUUGUCUUGGAAUUGAUACUCCCUCUGAAAGUCUUGUCAGAUGGAAGUUGCGGCUGGAAUAUUUUGCUUACGAAACACUACAAGAUUUAAGGAUAGCCAAAUUGUUUGAGAUAAUUGUUGAUUAUCCUGAGAGCUCUCCUGCAAUUGAAGACUUAAAACUUUGCCUUGAAUACACCAGACAACAUUCAAAGCUGGUGGAGUCAUUUAUUUCUGCACUGCAUUAUCGCCUUCUUACUGCAGGCGCAUCAACCAACGAUAUAUUACACCAAUAUGUUUCGACUAUUAAAGCCCUAAGGACAAUAGAUCCUGAAGGUGUUUUCCUUGAGGCAGUUGGUGAACCAAUAAGAGAUUAUUUAAGAGGAAGGAGAGAUACAAUAAAAUGCAUAGUGACCAUGCUGACAGAUGGGACGAGUGGGAACUCAAGUGCAUCUGGAAAUCUCGGAGAUAGCCUUCUUGAAGAGUUGAAUAGAGAUAAAGAAGUUCAAGAAAAUUUUGGUAUUGAUGAUGAUUUUAACACUGAUGAUAGGCAAGCAUGGAUCAAUGCCACACGAUGGCAACCUGAUCCUAUGGAUGCCGAUCCAUUGAAGGGAAGCAGAAACCAAAGGAAGGUUGACGUACUUGGGAUGAUUGUUGGCAUAAUUGGUUCAAAAGAUCACUUGAUUCAGGAAUAUCAAACUAUGCUUGCUGAGAAACUUCUAAAUAAAUCUGAUUAUGAUAUUGACUCAGAGAUACGUACUCUAGAACUCCUUAAGAUACAUUUCGGAGACAGCAGCCUACAAAAAUGUGAGAUUAUGCUCAAUGAUCUAAUUGGCUCAAAGAGAGUCAACACUAACAUCAAAGCUACCAUAAUUCAGCCACCUCAGACAAGUGUGGAGGUCGAAAACAAUGCAAUAUCCAUGGAUAAAAUAGCUUCCACUAUCAUAUCUUCUAAUUUCUGGCCUCCAAUUCAGGAUGAGCCCCUUAACCUGCCUGAACCUGUUGACCAGCUUCUCUCUGAUUAUGCGAAGAGAUUUACUGAAAUCAAAACACCCCGUAAGCUUCAGUGGAAAAAAAGUCUUGGGACUGUCAAGCUGGAGUUGCAGUUUGAAGAUAGGGUAAUGCAAUUCACUGUAGCCCCUGUUCUUGCAUCUAUGAUUAUGAAGUUUCAAGAUCAAAUGAGUUGGACUUCUAAAAACCUUGCGGCUGCUAUUGGGAUACCUGUGGAUGUAUUAAUUAGGAGAAUCAAUUUUUGGAUAAACAAGGGGGUUAUUGAAGAGUCAACAGGGGCAGAAUCCUCUGACCAUGUGUACACCAUUGUGGAAAACAUGGCUGAGACAAGUAAGAAUGGAGGAGGCAGUGGCAACGCUCAGGAACUUCUUGGAGACGAUGCGCUGGAAGACAGAUCUGGGGCCUAAGUAGAAAAUCAACUUCGGAUGGAGAUGACUGUGUAUGAGUUUUCCCUUGAGAUGAUGGAUUGGGCCGCACGAGUUCAAACACUAUGUAAUGUGAAAUCUUGCGAAUAAAGACAUCUAACAUGCGUUGUCUUGUGGCAGAAAUUUAUCUUGGGGAUGCUCAAAAACAUUGGUAGCAUGACAUUAGAUCGCAUUCACAAUAUGCUCAUGAAGUUUUGCAUUGCCGACAAAUCACUCCAACAGCUGCAAAGCUUUUUGUCUAGUCUAGUCUCCGAGGAGAAGUUAGAACUUCGGGAUGGAAUGUACAUUCUAAAGUAGUGAGCUGAAAUAAUCCUUUUGGCCAUGAACUUGUACAGCCUAAUUGGAAAAGUUAUAUUUAUGAAGUGUUAGUUUAUUGUACAUAUCAAAUAGAUUUGUAUGCCAAUUUUUUUACUA